UUCGAUCACCAUAAAUUUCUAGUUUCUCAUAAGGAUUCACUGACCUCCUCGACAUCAUUAGUCUCCCUAUUCUUCCAUAUAAAAUGUAACAAUUCGUCUUCUCCCUUGGUCAGAAUGACCGCGCCCUUGAUCGGGCUAGCAUCGACAAAGUUCGUGGAUCCACGUCUGACGGCUUUUCCUGCUUUGAAGGCAAGAAUAAUUUCUCCUUCCGACAUUCUCGACAAGUGUUGGUAAUGGAAGUACUGGGAACGCGACGCGUCAGCCCAUUCAGACUUUCAUUUCAAAGUCCGCUGAGCUCACCGCCAUCAUGUCCUUUGCAGGAAAUAUCGAGGCGGACGCUUGGGCACCCGCACCUCAAACUGGAGACAUCAUUGCAGAGGCAAUGAAGAAGGAAAGGGUGCUCAAGGAAUUUAUAGCGUCGCAAGCGGAUUUGAAAGCUCUCUAUACUCGUGCUCAAACUGUCCAGAAAGAGAUUGAUAAACUCACCUCUGGAAACCAAACUCUACAAAUGUACAUAGACAACCUUACAGUUCAGAUGGCGAAGAGAAGAUGAAGACAUUCCUUUUCGAGUAAUUUCUAAGGGAUCUUGAACAUGUAGAUCACGGCGUAGCACCCCUCUCAUUCACUGUUGCCACUAGUGACUUCUUCCUGAAAGCCAUUGCAAUACGAUAUCUCUAUCAAGGCUGAUUCAGUGAAAGAUGAAUAUCGAACGAAGACGGAACGACUGACAAAUUAUGCUGCG